AUGGAGCAAUCACAAGCAGGCGCUGGCGCGCAGCAAUCAUCGUCCUCCCGCCAACGGCACCACCACCACCAGCCACAGGAAGGCCAGGUACAACAGCAGCAAUCGCAGCAGCAGCCUGUGUAUGAUAUUCGGAAUGGCGGACAUUAUGGUGCGUGUACCAACCCUGUAGCCUCUGGCCAGUCCGACGUCGCGACGAUUAAAGGCGCAAGUGCCGCUCUUUCCGCUCAAGGAUACGCACCCUCGCCAGAUCUAUAUACCGGCACAUGGGCCAACGUCAACCAAGGCUUAACAGGUACAGCUCGGGAUAUUCUAACGACAUAUUGGCAACAAAUGAUCAAUCACCUCGAAUCCGACAACCAUGACUACAAAAUCCACCAAUUGCCGCUCGCCCGGAUCAAAAAGGUGAUGAAAGCUGAUCCCGAAGUGAAAAUGAUCUCAGCGGAGGCUCCCAUCCUCUUUGCCAAAGGAUGCGAUAUCUUCAUAACCGAACUGACCAUGCGUGCCUGGAUCCAUGCUGAAGACAACAAGCGACGGACUCUGCAGCGUUCAGAUAUUGCUGCGGCGCUAGCAAAAUCAGACAUGUUUGAUUUCCUCAUCGAUAUUGUUCCACGGGAAGAGGCGACGUCUACGAAGCGGUCCGCACCGGCCGCAGCUCAGCAUACCAAUGCUGGACAAAUCCCGCCCCAACAGCCGGGCGUUCAGCAGCCGCACCACAUGGGUCCUCCCGAUUAUGGAUCUUUAGGGCAGCCCACGAUGGGUCAAGAACAGGAUUAUAGGCCGCAAACCGCUAUCUAUGGCGGAGCCGUCCAGUCCGACCCAGGGUAUGGUCAGCAGCCCCAAAUAUUUGAGGGCAUGUACGGGUAUUCGCAUUUGCCCCCACAACAGGUCUGUCGUCCUCCCUGA